AUGUACAAUCACUUGGCGGAGAAGAUGAUGUUACUGACACUUUAUGAGGAAAGGAUCUCUGACAGAAAUACAAUUAUCAGAUGUAUCAACGUANGAUUUAUAUUAGAAGUAGCGGAAGAUGCAGAUAUUGGCUUAAACGCCCUACAGAAUUAUAAAUUGUCUCUUAGCCCUACUUUCUCAUUAAUAAAUAAGGAAAAACAAGAUGGCAGUAAAUACCCGGAACUGGCAUUGAAGACAACCUUAGACCGGGAACAACAAAGUUACCACCGUUUAGUGCUGACUGCCUUGGACGGGGGUGAUCCACCCCUAAGCGGCACCACUGAGCUCCGGAUCCAAGUCACUGAUGCCAACGAUAACCCUCCUGUAUUCAGCCAGGACGUGUACAGAGUCAGCCUUCAUGAAAACGUGCCCCUAGGCACCACGGUGCUGCAAGUGUCAGCCACCGACCGGGACGAGGGCAUCAAUUCAGAAAUUACUUAUUCCUUCUACAGAACAGGACAAGUCUUCGAUCUGAAUUCAAAGAGCGGGGAAAUUACAACUAGAAGAACACUGGAUUUCGAAGAACUCAAGGAAUAUUCUAUAGUGGUGGAAGGGAGGGACGGUGGAGGACUGGUUUCACAAUGUACAGUUGAAAUUAACAUUCAAGACGAAAAUGACAACAGCCCAGAAGUUACAUUCCAUUCUCUACUUGAAGUAAUUUUGGAAAACGCAGUACCGGAAACACUAAUUGCAUUGAUCAAAAUAUAUGACCAAGAUUCCGGGGAAAAUGGGGAGGUUAAUUGUCAGUUAGAAGGUGAAGUCCCUUUUAAAAUAGUAGCUUCAUCCAAAAAUUCAUAUAAAUUGGUAACAGACAGGACCCUAGAUCGAGAGCAGACCCCAGAGUACAACGUUAUCAUCACAGCCACUGAUAGGGGCAAGCCUCCCCUCUCCUCCAGCACAAGCGUCACCUUACACAUUGGCGACGUCAAUGACAACGCUCCGAUUUUCGACCAGGCGUCCUACUUGGUCCACGUUGCUGAGAACAAUCCGCCUGGAGUCUCCAUAGCGCAACCUUACUUCACUGUGAGCGCAGAGAGCGGGGAGUUGCUCGUGAGCGACAGGCUAGACAGGGAGCAGAUAUGCGGGAAGAAUCCAGCUUGUGCUCUGGAAUUUGAGGUUGUUGCUGAAAAUCCACUGAACUUCUAUCACGUGAAUGUGGAGAUAGAGGACGUUAAUGACCACACGCCAAAAUUCACCCAAAAUUCCUUUGAACUGCAAAUAAGCGAGUCCACAAAGCCUGGGGCACGAUUUAUCUUAGGAUCUGCCCAUGAUGCAGAUGUUGGUACCAACUCACUACAGAAUUAUCAGCUCAGUCCCAACGAUCAUUUCUCACUCGUGAAUAAAGAGAAAUCGGAUGGCAGUAAAUACCCUGAGCUGGUAUUGAAGACACCUUUAGACCGAGAAAAACAGAAAACCUACCACUUGACCUUGACUGCUUUGGACUUUGGCGAUCCACCCCUAACCAGCAUUGCAAAGAUACAGGUCGUAGUGACUGAUGCCAAUGAUAACCCUCCAGUGUUCAGCCAAGACAUAUACAGGGUAAGCCUUCUGGAAAGCGUGUACCCGGGCACCACCGUGCUUCAGGUAACAGCCACUGACCAGGAUGAGGGCAUCAAUGCUGAGAUCAGCUUCUCUUUCAGUGAAGCUAGCCAGAUCCCCCAGUUUGACCUAAAUUCUAAUACUGGGGAAAUUACCAUUCUAAAUUCGUUAGAUUUUGAAGAAAUCAAACAAUAUUCCAUAGUUUUAGAAGCAAGGGAUGGUGGAGGAAUGAUUGCACAAUGCACAGUGGAGAUAGAAGUCCUAGAUGAAAAUGACAACGUCCCAGAAGUGAUAUUCCAGUCUCUACCUGACCUAAUUAUGGAGGACAUUGAACUGGGAACACACAUUGCUUUGUUCAAAAUCCGGGACAAAGAUUCUGGACACAAUGGAGAAGUUACUUGUAAAUUGGAAGGUGAUGUUCCGUUUAAAAUACUCACUUCUUCAAGAAACACGUAUAAAUUAGUGACAGAUGGAGUUCUAGACCGCGAGCAGAACCCGGAGUACAAUGUCACCAUCACAGCCACCGACCUAGGCAAGCCUCCCCUCUCUUCCAGCUCAAGCGUCACUCUGCACGUUGGUGAUGUAAACGAUAACGCUCCGAUUUUCCACCAGGCGUCCUACUUGGUCCACGUUGCCGAGAACAACCCGCCUGGAGCCUCCAUAGCGCAAGUGAGCGCUUCCGACCCAGACCUGGGUCCCAACGGCCACGUCUCCUACGCAAUCGUGGCCAGUGACCUGGAGCCGCGGCCGCGGGUGCUGUCGUCCUACGUGUCCGUGAGCGCACAGAGCGGGGUGGUGUUCGCGCAGCGCGCCUUCGACCACGAGCAGCUGCGCGCCUUCGAGCUGACGCUGCAGGCCCGCGACCAGGGCUCGCCCGCGCUCAGCGCCAACGUGAGCCUGCGCGUGUUGGUGGGCGACCGCAACGACAACGCGCCGCGGGUGCUGUACCCGGCGCUGGGGCCCGACGGCUCGGCGCUCUUCGACACGGUGCCGCGCGCGGCGGAGCCCGGCUACCUGGUCACCAAGGUGGUGGCAGUGGACGCAGACUCGGGACACAACGCCUGGCUGUCCUACCACGUGCUGCAGGCCAGCGAGCCCGGGCUCUUCAGCCUGGGACUGCGCACUGGCGAGGUGCGUACGGUGCGUGCCUUGGGGGACAGGGACGCGGCCCGACAUCGCCUGCUGGUCGCUGUGCGCGACGGUGGACAGCCACCUCUCUCGGCCACCGCCACGCUGCACCUGGUCUUCGCGGACAGCUUGCAGGAGGUACUGCCAGAGCUCAGUGACCUCCCUGUGCCCUCUGACCCCCAGGCGGAGCUGCAGUUUUACCUGGUGGUGGCCUUGGCCUUGAUCUCCGUGCUCUUCCUCCUCGCGGUGAUUCUGGCCAUCGCCCUGCGCCUGAGACACUCCUCCAGCCCCGCCGCCUGGGGCUGCUUUCGGCCUGGUCUCUGUGUGAAAUCUGGACCCGUGGUUCUCCCCAACUACAGCGAGGGGACUUUACCUUAUUCCUACAAUCUGUGCGUUGCACAAACAGGAAAGACGGAGUUUAAUUUCCUACAAUGUAGUGAGCAGUUGAGUUCAGGACAAGACCUACUUUGUGGUGAUGCUUCUGGGGCCAUGUUUCCACUUUGUAAUUCCAGUGAGUUGACCUCCCAUCAGGUGAGUUUCCUUUAA